CAGGUUGGGUGCGAGUGGCGCAGUCGGAACCCGCUGCGGCCCUUGAGGAAGCGAGGAGGCGUCGGCGUCGGCUGAGGCGGGCGGACCGGCAAGGCGAGGCGGCGGCUUCAGGCCCCGAGGGCCUCGGGAGCUCGAGCAGCGCCAGCGGCAAGACCUCUCCCCCUCGGCAGCGGCGGGCAGAGGCGGCGGCGGCGGGAGCGGUGGUGCCCCCUCCCCCGGGCACGGGGCCAUGUACAACGGGAUCGGGCUGCCGACGCCCCGGGGCAGCGGCACCAACGGCUACGUCCAGCGCAACCUGUCCCUGGUGCGGGGCCGCCGGGGUGAGCGGCCUGACUACAAGGGAGAGGAGGAACUGCGGCGCCUGGAGGCUGCCCUGGUGAAGCGGCCUAAUCCUGACAUCCUGGACCACGAGCGCAAGCGGCGCGUGGAGCUGCGAUGCCUCGAGCUGGAGGAGAUGAUGGAAGAGCAGGGGUACGAAGAACAGCAAAUUCAGGAAAAAGUGGCGACCUUUCGACUCAUGUUGCUGGAGAAGGAUGUGAACCCUGGGGGCAAGGAGGACACCCCAGGGCAGAGGCCAGCGGUAACUGAGACUCACCAGUUGGCAGAAUUGAAUGAGAAGAAGAAUGAGCGACUCCGUGCUGCCUUUGGCAUCAGUGACUCUUAUGUGGAUGGCAGUUCUUUCGACCCUCAGCGUCGUGCUCGAGAAGCUAAACAGCCAGCUCCUGAGCCUCCCAAACCUUACAGCCUUGUUCGGGAGUCCAGCAGUUCUCGCUCACCAACCCCAAAGCAAAAGAAGAAGAAAAAGAAGAAAGAUAGAGGACGCAGGUCAGAGAGCAGCUCUCCUCGACGGGAGAGAAAGAAGAGCUCAAAGAAGAAGAAGCACAGGUCAGAGUCCGAGUCCAAGAAACGUAAGCAUAGGUCUCCCACUCCAAAGAGCAAACGUAAAUCUAAGGACAAGAAGCGAAAACGGUCUCGAAGUACAACACCAGCCCCGAAGAGCCGCCGGGCCCACCGUUCAACUUCUGCUGACUCUGCUUCCUCCUCUGAUACUUCCCGCAGUCGAUCUCGAAGUGCUGCAGCUAAAACCCAUACAACUGCCUUGACUGGGCGAAGUCCUUCCCCUGCUUCAGGGCGUCGAGGGGAGGGAGAUGCGCCUUCCGGUGAACCAGGUACUAUCAACACACAAGAACCCAGCAGCCCAGAGCCCUCUACAAAGCAGCCUAGCAGCCCUUAUGAAGACAAAGACAAGAAGGAGAAAUCUGCAGCUCGACCUAGUCCCUCUCCGGAAAGGAGCAGCACUGCCCCAGAACCACCUGCUCCCACUCCGCUCCUUGCUGAGCAACAUGGCGGCUCCCCACAACCCCUUGCAACAACCCCCUUAAGUCAGGAGCCAGUGAACCCUCCAUCUGAGGCCUCCCCAACCCGGGGCCGUUCACCACCUAAGUCUCCUGAGAAACCUCCCCAGUCUUCUUCCUCAGAGAGCAGCCCACCAUCCCCUCAACCUACCAAAGUUUCUCGGCAUGCCAGCUCUUCCCCUGAAAGUCCUAAACCAGCUCCAGCUCCUGGGGCCCGCCGAGAGAGUUCUUCUCCCACAUCCAAGAAUCGAUCCCAUGGCCGAGCAAAACGGGAUAAAUCUCAUUCUCAUACCCCUUCCCGUAGGGUGGGGAGGUCCCGUAGCCCUGCAGCUACUAAGAGGGGGCGAUCUCGGUCUCGAACCCCUACCAAGAGAGGUCAUUCCCGGUCCCGGUCCCCUCAGUGGCGUAGGUCCAGGUCUGCACAGAGGUGGGGAAGAUCUAGAAGCCCACAGCGACAUGGCCGCUCUAGGUCUCCUCAGCGACCAGGCUGGUCCAGGAGCAGAAAUACCCAGAGAAGAGGCAGGUCUCGAUCAGCAAGGCGAGGUAGAUCACACUCUAGAUCCCCAGCCACCAGGGGCAGGUCUCGUUCUAGAACACCAGCUCGGCGGGGCAGGUCUCGUUCUAGAACACCUGCCAGGCGGAGAUCACGCUCUAGAACACCCACCAGGCGCAGGUCUCGGUCUAGAACACCGCCCCGAAGGGCCAGAUCUAGGUCUAGAACACCUGCUAGGCGCAGAUCCAGGACCCGAUCACCAGUCCGACGAAGGUCUCGCAGUAGAUCUCCAGCCAGGAGAAGUGCCCGGUCACGUUCUAGAACCCCAGCCAGGAGAAGUGCGCGGUCACGCUCUAGAACCCCAGCCAGGAGAAGUGCGCGGUCGCGCUCUAGAACCCCAGCCAGGAGAAGUGCACGGUCACGUUCCAGAACACCAGCCCGGAGAGGGAGAUCUCGGUCUAGGACACCAAGACGAGGAAGAUCCCGCAGUAGAAGUCUAGUUAGACGAGGAAGAUCUCACUCUAGAACGCCACAAAGAAGAGGCAGGUCUGGCUCAUCAUCCGAGCGAAAAAACAAAUCCAGAACAUCUCAGAGGAGUAGGUCCAACUCGAGCCCAGAAAUGAAAAAAUCUCGUGUUUCUUCAAGGCGGAGCAGGUCUGUCUCUUCACCACGAUCCAAAGUAAAGUCACGCUUGUCUUUGAGGCGAAGCCUUUCAGGGUCCUCUCCAUGCCCUAAACAAAAGUCACAGACACCACCCAGGCGCAGUCGCUCUGGAUCAUCCCAACAUAAAGCUAAAUCUAGAACACCACCCAGACGUAGUCGGUCUGGUUCUUCGCCACCACCUAAACAGAAAUCUAAAACGCCAUCAAGACAAAGUCAUUCCAGUUCAUCUCCUCCCCCUAAAGCGAAAUCUGGAACACCUCCAAGACAAGGGUCUGUAGGAAGUCCUCAGGCCAAUGAACAAUCUGCAACACCACAAAGACGGAGCCAUUCUGAGUCAUCACCUGACCCUGAGUUAAAAUCUAGGACCCCUUCAAGACAUAGCUGCUCUGGGUCCUCUCCUCCUAGAGUGAAAUCUAGUACACCUCCAAGACAGAGCCCAUCUAGGUCAUCAUCUCCACAACCCAAAGUGAAGGCCGUAACAUCCCCAAGACAAAGAAGCCAUUCUGGCUCCUCUUCUCCAAGUCCUAGUAGGGUGACAUCUAGAACACCUCCAAGGCAAAGCAGAUCAGCGUCUCCCCGCUCCAAUGUGGAAUCCAGAUUAUUGCCAAGGCACAGCCAUUCUAGGUCCUCCUCACCAGAUACCAAAGUGAAACCUGAAACACCACCGAGACGAAGUCACUCAGGGUCUACUUCGCCGUACCCCAAAGUAAAGCCCCAAACUCCACCGGGGCUAAGUCUUUUUGGAUCAAAGUCUCCUCGUCACCAAGAGAAGUCUAAAGACUCACCAGCACAAAGUUCCCCUGGAUCUUUCUCUCUCUGUCCAGGAGUAAAAUCUAGUACACCACCAGGAGAUAGCUAUUUUGGCUCUUCAUGUCUGCAACAGAGAGGACAAUCUCAAAUCUCACCAGACCUCAGAUCUGAUACUUCAAGUCCGGAAGUGAGACAGAGUCACUCAGAAUCUCCAUCUGUGCAGAGCAAAUCUCAAACCCCUCCUAAGGGUGAUCAGUCCAGGUCCUCAUCUCCAAUCACUGAGCUGGCACCCAAAUCUCCAACAAGGCAAGAGAGAAGGGAAUUAUCAGGAAGUCCUAGGCUGAAAUCUGGAAUGUCUCCUGAGCAGAGCAGGUCCCAGUCUGACUCUUCAUAUGCUGCAGUAGACUCUGAAUCUCUUCUGGGGCAGUGUAGAUCAGAGCCUUCUGAAUCAAAAGAGAAGAUGGGCUUAUUCCUUCAGGAGGAUGUUACUACAUCAUCUCCUAGACCAAGAGACAAAUUUAGUCCUUUGGUACAGAUUAGGCCCGAGUCUUCACCAGUACUCAAAGACAUACCUAGAACCCCAUUGAGGGAAAGAAGUGGUGCUGGGUCAUCUCCAGAUACAAGAGACCAAAAGAGCACAUUAGCUAAGUCAAGCCAAGAUGAAGAGUUAAUGGAGGUGGUAGAGAAAUCUGAAGAACUCUCACGCCAUGUCCUGCCCCAUUUCUCUCCAGAACGUAAAGAAAUGGCUGGAAAUAACUUUGAAUCAUCUCCCGAAAUAGAAGAAAGGCCUUCUGUAUCUUUGACUCUUGACCAAAGCCAGUCACAGGCUGCUUUGGAAGCAGUAGAAGUUGCUGCAGUGGCCUCAUCUUGGGGUGGGCCACAUUUUUCUCCAGAACAUAAAGAACUGUCUAACUCCCCCCCCAGGGAGAAUAGCUUUGGAUCACCUUUAGAAUUUAGAAACUCAGGCCCUAUUGGUACAGAAAUGAAUACUGGAUUUUCUUCUGAGGUUAAAGAAGAUUUGAAUGGACCUUUUCUUAAUCAGCUGGAGACAGAUCCAUCUCUAGAUGUGAGAGAACAAUCAACAAGAUCCUCUGGACACAGCAGUUCUGAAUUAUCCCCAGAUGCAGUGGAAAAGGCUGGAAUGUCUUCAAAUCAGAGUGUUGCUUCGCCCGUACUUGAUGCUUUACCCAGAACACCCUCGAGAGAAAGGAGUAGUUCUGCAUCUUCUCCUGAACUGAAAGAUGGCUUACCCAGAACUCCAUCGAGGAGAAGCAGGUCUGGGUCUUCUCCAGGACUUAGAGAUGGGUCUGGGACUCCCUCAAGGCACAGCCUGUCUGGGUCCUCUCCUGGAAUGAAAGAUGUACCUAGAACACCAUCCAGGGGGAGAAGUGAAUGUGAUUCUUCUCCGGAACCGAAAGCUUUGCCUCAGACUCCUAGGCCAAGAAGUCAUUCUCCAUCAUCCCCAGAACUCAACAACAAGUGUCUUACCCCACAGAGAGAGAGAAGUGGGUCAGAAUCAUCAGUUGAACAGAAAACUGUGGCUAGGACUCCACUGGGGCAGAGAAGUAGGUCCGGAUCUUCUCAAGAACUUGAUGGGAAACCCCGUGCAUCCCCUCAGGAAAGAAGUGAGUCAGACUCUUCUCCAGAUUCUAAAACCAAGGCACGAACCCCACUUAGGCAGAGGAGUCGCUCUGGAUCAUCUCCAGAGGUUGAUAGCAAAUCCCGACCUUCUCCUCGACUCAGUAGGUCUGGCUCCUCCCCUGAAGUGAAAGAUAAGCCAAGAGUGGCACCCAGGGCACAGAGCGGUUCUGAUUCCUCUCCGGAACCCAAAGCUCCUACCCCUAGGGCCCUUCCCAGACGAAGCAGAUCAGGUUCAUCAAGCAAAGGCAGAGGCCCUUCUCCUGAAGGAAGCAGCAGUACCGAGUCCUCUCCAGAACACCUACCCAAAUCCAAAAUGGUUCGAAGAGGCUCCAGGUCAUCACCAGAGCCUAAGACCAAAUCUCGCACGCCACCUCGGCGUCGCAGUUCUCGAUCAUCUCCUGAACUAACAAGGAAGGCCAGACUUUCCCGUAGAAGCCGCUCUGCCUCUUCCUCACCAGAAACCCGCUCAAGAACUCCCCCAAGACGUCGAAGAAGUCCCUCAGUGUCUUCCCCAGAGCCAGCUGAAAAGUCGAGAUCUUCACGCCGACGGCGCUCAGCUUCAUCUCCACGCACUAAGACAACUUCCAGGAGAGGCCGGUCUCCUUCACCAAAGCCUCGUGGACUCCAGAGGUCUCGUUCCCGCUCAAGGAGGGAGAAAACCAGAACAACCCGCCGUCGAGAUAGGUCUGGAUCUUCUCAGUCAACGUCUCGGAGAAGACAGCGGAGCCGGUCAAGGUCUCGGGUUACUCGUCGAAGGAGGGGAGGCUCUGGUUAUCACUCAAGAUCACCUGUCAGGCAGGAGAGUUCCCGAACCUCCUCUCGACGCCGAAGAGGCCGUUCUCGGACACCUCCAACCAGUCGGAAACGUUCUCGCUCACGCACGUCACCAGCCCCAUGGAAACGCUCUAGAUCUCGAGCCUCUCCAGCCACUCACCGGCGAUCCAGGUCCAGAACACCUCUGAUAAGCCGACGUAGGUCCAGGUCUCGAACCUCACCAGUCAGUCGGAGGCGGUCACGGUCCAGAACAUCAGUGACUCGGCGAAGAUCUCGGUCAAGAGCAUCCCCAGUGAGUCGAAGGCGAUCGAGGUCCAGAACACCACCAGUAACACGCCGUCGUUCAAGGUCCAGAACACCAACAACACGCCGGCGCUCACGUUCUAGAACUCCACCAGUGACUCGCAGAAGGUCCAGAUCUAGGACUCCGCCUGUAACCAGGAGACGAUCUCGAAGCAGAACUUCACCUAUCACUCGUAGAAGAUCAAGAUCCAGAACAUCUCCGGUCACCCGAAGGAGAUCUCGAUCUCGCACUUCUCCAGUAACUCGAAGAAGGUCCCGCUCUCGAACCUCUCCAGUGACACGCCGCCGCUCUAGGUCCCGAACACCUCCAGCUAUUCGGCGCCGCUCUAGGUCUCGAACACCACUGUUGCCACGCAAACGUUCUCGAAGUCGCUCACCACUUGCUAUCCGCCGCCGUUCUAGAUCCCGUACUCCACGAACAACUCGGGGCAAACGGUCCUUAACAAGAUCUCCUCCAGCCAUCCGCAGGCGUUCUGCAUCUGGAAGUAGUUCUGAUCGUUCACGUUCUGCUACUCCUCCAGCAACAAGGAACCAUUCUGGUUCUCGGACACCUCCAGUAGCACUUAAUAGCUCCAGAGUGAGCUGCUUCAGUCGUCCUAGCAUGUCACCAACUCCUCUUGACCGCUGCAGAUCACCUGGAAUGCUUGAACCCCUUGGCAGCUCUAGAACACCCAUGUCUGUCCUGCAGCAAGCUGGUGGCUCCAUGAUGGAUGGUCCAGGUCCUCGAAUACCUGAUCACCAGAGAACAUCUGUCCCAGAAAAUCAUGCUCAAUCUAGAAUUGCUCUUGCCCUGACGGCUAUCAGUCUUGGCACUGCUCGGCCUCCUCCGUCCAUGUCCGCUGCUGGCCUUGCUGCAAGAAUGUCCCAGGUUCCAGCUCCGGUGCCUCUCAUGAGUCUCAGAACGGCCCCAGCUGCCAACCUUGCCAGCAGGAUUCCUGCAGCUUCUGCAGCAGCCAUGAACCUGGCCAGUGCCAGAACACCUGCCAUCCCGACAGCAGUGAACCUGGCUGACUCGCGAACGCCAGCCGCAGCAGCAGCCAUGAACUUGGCCAGCCCCAGAACAGCGGUGGCACCUUCAGCUGUGAACCUUGCUGACCCUCGUACCCCCACAGCCCCAGCUGUGAACCUGGCAGGAGCCAGAACCCCAGCUGCCUUGGCAGCUUUGAGUCUCACAGGCUCUGGCACUCCCCCAACUGCUGCAAAUUAUCCUUCCAGUUCCAGAACACCCCAGGCUCCAGCCUCUGCAAACCUGGUGGGUCCUCGGUCUGCACAUGCCACAGCUCCUGUCAAUAUUGCCAGCUCCAGAACCCCCACAGCCUUGGCUCCUGCAAGCCUCACCAGUGCUAGGAUGGCUCCGGCAUUGUCUGGUGCAAACCUCACCAGCCCCAGGGUGCCCCUCUCUGCCUACGAGCGUGUCAGUGGCAGAACCUCACCACCGCUCCUUGACCGAGCCAGAUCCAGAACGCCACCAUCUGCCCCAAGCCAGUCUAGGAUGACCUCUGAGCGAGCUCCCUCCCCUCCUUCAAGAAUGGGCCAGGCUCCCUCACAGUCUCUUCUCCCUCCAGCACAGGAGCGGCCUAGGUCGCCUGUGCCAUCUGCUUUUUCAGACCAAUCCCGUUCUUUGAUUGCCCAGACCACCCCCAUAGCAGGGUCUCAGUCCCUUUCUUCUGGGGCAGUGGCAAAGACCACAUCGCCUGCUGGUGGCCACAAUGGCAUGCUCUCUGUCGCUGCCCCUGGGGUGUCCCAUUCUGAGGGGGGGGAACCACCUGCCUCUACUGGGGCCCAGCAGCCUUCCGCAUUGGCCGCCCUGCAGCCAGCAAAGGAGCGGCGGAGUUCCUCCUCCUCCUCCUCGUCCUCUAGCUCCUCCUCUUCAUCAUCAUCGUCAUCGUCCUCCUCCUCCUCCUCUGGCUCCAGUUCUAGUGACUCGGAGGGCUCUAGCCUUCCAGCUCAACCUGAUGUGGCACUGAAGAGGGUCCCCAGCCCUACCCCAGCCCCAAAGGAGGCUGUGCGAGAGGGACGUCCUCCGGAGCCAACCCCAGCCAAACGGAAGAGGCGCUCUAGCAGUUCCAGUUCCAGCUCCUCCUCUUCCUCUUCCUCUUCUUCCUCUUCCUCUUCUUCCUCGUCCUCUUCUUCUUCCUCCUCCUCCUCCUCCUCCUCUUCCUCCUCCUCCUCCUCUUCCUCCCCUUCCCCUGCUAAGCCUGGUCCUCAGGCCUUGCCCAAACCUGCAAGCCCCAAGAAGCCACCCCCUGGCGAGCGGAGGUCUCGCAGCCCCCGGAAGCCAAUAGACUCCCUUCGGGACUCCCGGUCCCUUAGCUACUCGCCUGUGGAGCGUCGCCGUCCCUCGCCUCAGCCUUCGCCACAGGACCAGCUGAGCAGCAGUGAGCGAGGUUCCCGGAGAGGCCAGCGAGGGGACAGCCGCUCCCCAGGCCACAAGCGCAGGAGGGAGACACCUAGCCCUCAGCCCAUGCGACACCGCUCCUCCAGGUCUCCAUAAAUCAUCUUUGGGGGAUACCACCACACCCCAUGCUCUGGAGCCACAGGGAGUGUCCUCUUCCCCAGCAGAGCAGUGGGAGGGGUCCUUGUCUGACUCCCCCCUUGAACCUUGGCAGCCCUUGGAGGGAGGGUUCCCUUCUUUCCCCUCUCCCUUUUCUUUCUUUGUUCCUGUGAAAUGUUAAUCUCCGUGAGUUUUUCCUGGUUCACGUGUUUUGGGGUGGGAGGGAAUGCAGAUGGGAGUUGGGGGAGGGGAGGAUACAGUUCAGGAUACCCCAGCUUGCAGUCAGAAAGGGCCUGGGAGGCAUGGCCCCCUGGUAGCCCCAAGAUCCUGGGGGGCGAUGGUCUGGGACUUGGGAAGUUAUAUGAGGUAUUCUUAGAAGGGACAGGAGUUGAUUAGUUGGUCCCUACUGUCCCCCAUGAGGUGUGGCCCCUUCCCCCCAACUUUUCUUCACGUUUCUUAAAGGCAUUUUGGUUUUUUAAAAUCUGUACAGCAAGAGCAACUUUUUCUGUCAAAUAAAAAUGAGAAAUGCAGGAA